UCGUGUGCGUGUGUGUGGAAACCCCUCCAACGCCACCAACCAAGUAGUCGGCUACACUGAGCGGCUGUGUGUGUGUUGCUCGGCUGACCUCCGCACUGAAUGGACUAGAUUUCCCCCCAGCCACGUAAGUUACAACAGCACCACGGGAGAGGAUGUGUUGCUGAAUCAAGGGAUAGGGCCUGGGAAAGUCGGCCGGCCGUCCCUUCCACCUUUUCAGCAGCUAAAAAAAAGCAAAAACCCAUUCGUGCUGGAUCAGAAGGAAUUCGUCGCGGAGGACAAUAAAGAGAGGAAAGGCACGACACCGCUCCCCCAGCCACAGCACAAAGACUCCGCGGUUCCGGACGCUUUUUUUUUUUUUUCUCUCCAUAUUUUGGUAGAUGACAAUCGCCCGUGUAUGGAUGUUAUCUGGGGGGGUGGACAAGGCCGUAACACUGACCUGCUUGUAGUUAGCGAUAAAAGCUAACUCGAUUAGCACCUGCACCUGCUUGCAAAUCAAGCGUGUUUUUUUUUUUUGCAAAGCUUCAUUUGGUAGUUGAAGUCAGUCGUCUGCAACACGACUCGAUCGCAGGGUUUUCCUGAUUUGUGCCUGCAAGUUGUGUGUAUGUAUUUUUUUUCUUCAAUGCAACGUGCCAUACGUUGAACCGGCAAUAUAAGCUACAGAAAAUAGGUUGGAGGCUCGUCUAGUCCCAUCUUCAUUCAUUGCAAAGCCGAUGUUGGAUACGUUGCCUUUGUUGCAGUUUUCCCCCCUUCUUUUUACUGCCAAUUCCUGCAACAUCUAUUGACUAUAUGUUCAAAGGUUUGCAGUUGAGAAAACUUAAAGAUGAUUUUUGUACCAAGGCUGUGUCUGUUGAUCAUAACGCAACAGUGGCCAAAUAGUAGCUUAACUUUGUAAAAAUCGAAUAAAUAUAUAUCUAAAUAUAUAUAUAUAUAACUGAACCCUUUCGGAAGUGUGUGGAGCUCACACCCGUUUACUCGAUCAUGCACGAUUGCCCGAAUUUACCUCAAUAAGUAGCAAGCAACAGCAUACAUUUGAAUCGAGGGUUACAUUUUUUAUAUUUGAUUAAAAAAAAACCUUUUCUCGAAAGUAUUACAUCAUUGCAAUAGCCUAACCGUUGCACUGAUUCACACACGGAAACCAAAGUAGCAAUAGGACGACGAGGAGGAAGGCCCCGGGGUUUUGUGGAGUUAUUACAUCAUUCCUAAUGAACAUACAGAGGUCAAAUCCCAUUAACAUUUCACGUUAUGGGAGAUCACGGCACAAAUCGCACGAUUUUGAAGAGUUGUCUUGCCUGCGGACUACAGAAUCGAGCCAGAGUUUCAGUCCCAACCUCGGCUCCCCCAGCCCGCCCGAGACCCCGGACUCCUCGCACUGUAUCUCCCGUAUCGGGGACUACCUCCUGCUCGAGCCGCUCGAGGGAGACCACGUUUUUAGAGCCGCCCACCUGCACAGCGGGGAAGAGCUCGUCUGCAAGGUGUUUGAGAUCGGCCGCUACCAGGAGUCCCUCGCGGCGUACUUCGCCCUGGGGCAGCACCAGCACAUCAACCAGAUCCUGGAGAUCCUGCUGGGGGAGACCCGGGCCUACGUGUUCUUCGAGCGCAGCCAUGGCGACAUGCACUCGUUCGUGCGCACGUGCAAGAAGCUCCGCGAGGACGAGGCGGCGCGCCUCUUCCACCAGAUCGCCUCGGCCGUGGCGCACUGCCACGACAACGGCCUGGUGCUCCGCGACCUCAAGCUGAGGAAGUUUGUGUUCAAGAACGAGGACAGGAGCCUCGUGAAGCUGGAGAGCCUGGAGGACACCUACAUCCUGGCGGGCCACGACGACUCGCUGUCGGACAAGCACGGCUGCCCCGCCUACGUCAGCCCGGAGAUCCUCAACGCCAGCGGCAGCUACUCGGGCAAGGCGGCGGACGUGUGGAGCCUGGGCGUCAUGCUGUACACCAUCCUGGUGGGCCGCUACCCCUUCCACGACGUGGAGCCCGGCUCGCUCUUCAGCAAGAUCCGCCGGGGCCACUUCAGCGUGCCCGACACGCUGACGCCCAAGGCCAAGUGCCUGAUCCGCUCGGUGCUGCGGCGGGAGCCCGGCGAGCGCCUCACCUCCCGCGAGAUCCUGGAGCACCCGUGGUUCGCGGCGGCGUCGGGGCUCCCCGGGAACGGCGGCGGCGGCGGCGGCGCCGGGGGCCCCCAGGGUCGGGCGGAGCGCGACCAGGAGCAGCUGGUGCCUGAGGUGAAUAUGGAGGAGGAGCUGGAGACGUUCUUCAGCUGAGAGGCCCGGAGUGAAGAUGAGGGGGGGUGGGGGGAGGAAGAUGAUAUCGCUCCCCUCUUAAAGAACAGCCCAAGCACAACAAUAACAACGACGAAGGGAGGAAGAAGAAGGGACAACUCAAACCACAACAAUAACGGCCAUGUUUGGUCGCUGCACCGCAACAGUGGUUGGUGGAGAUUUGCUGGAUGGACAUUUUUUGUCACUCACAAUAUAUAUACAUAUGUAUAUCUAUAUAUAGAUGUAGAUCUAUGUAUGGAUUAAAAAAAAAAAGGUGUUUCGAUCACGUUUCUUUUUUUUUUCCAUCAUUUCUUUGAGCCUGCCUUCCCCCCGGGCACGCCAGAUGGCAUCUGACAGGUUAGUCAUCUUGUCAACUGCAGCCGCAAACCCCUCACCCUUCAACACCCAACCCCCCCCCCCCCCCA